AAAAUGUGAGAAGAAAAUGGAAGUAGAAAUUCUGAAAGGGGAAAAAAAUACCAAAAACGAAAAGAGAGUACGAAUCAGCGAGAGAUAGAGUACCGCAGCGAAGCGGGGAGAGCGAUCGGGGAGAGAGAUACCGGCGAGUGGGUCUUCAGUACUUAUCGGUUUCUUCAGAGAGUGUCAGAAUGCGAACCAAUUUGCAGGGAGAGGAGUAGCAAUGGAAGACGACGCUUGUAUCUGGGUUCCAACGAACAAGUAGCAAGAAAGAAAAUCAUCAGAAAAGCGAAGUUCUUUUGUCAUUGAUGUGUCAUUUUAUGAAUCUGAAUUUAGAAAUAAGUUCCUGAGAGCUCCAAUAAGGUGCUUGCAAGAGAUGAAACCGCCACAGCCACAUCAGCAAUCACGGAUCAAUCUUGUAGAACUGAAAUCUCAGAUAGUGAGGAAGCUUGGACCAGAGAGGUCAAAGCAAUACUUUCAUUACUUGAGCAGGCUGUUAGGCAUGAAGAUAGGCAAGGUUGAAUUCGACAAACUUUGUUUCCGGAUUCUCGGAAGAGAGAACCUUUCACUCCAUAAUCACUUCAUACGUUCAAUCUUGAAAAAUGCCUGUAGUGCGAAGGUCCCACCAUCAAAUCAUGAUGACAAUGAACUUCUAGUGCAUGCUACUGCAGGUUCCAAUAAAGAGACUUCAGGUGAUGCCGUUGAGCGAAAUGGACCCCUUGGAACCAAAGGGAAGAGUAUUUCCACUUCUCUACGACCAACAAUUACUCGACCGUGUGAUUCUAAAGUUAUUGAGGAGAAUAGGGAUUACAUUGCACCUCGUGUAGAUGAUUUGGGCGUUGACCCUACAAAAGUUUCAGUAUUGACUAUACCAACAUCUGUUCCUGUUUCUGUACAUAACAAGGACGGAGUGAGAAAUGAAGGGGAAGAAAGUCGUGCUAAGGUCCAACCUCAAGCUCCACUUGGCAUUCCAUUAUGUAACGUUAGAACAUUACCAUUGAUGAGUGACAGUAAGCGUGUUUGUACCAGUGGUGCUUUGUUAGACACUUUGACUCUACGAGAACGCAUGGAGCAGAUUGCUAUAAAACAUGACCUAGAAGGGGUGCCUAUAGAUUGUGCAAAUUUAUUGAAUAAAGGUUUAGAUUCUUACUUAAAAAGUAUAAUCAUACAUACCGUUCAACUUGUGGAAGCAAGAUCUAGGCGUGAGGUAACAAAACCCAUAAAGAAGCAUCCGAUAAAUGGGAAGCUUGUUAAUGGAAAGGAGCUACGUACUUGUAGGCCUUUGGAAGUCAUAAAGGAGAACACCCCACCUAGCGUAAUAUCAUUGCAGGAUUUUAGGGUUGCCAUGGAAAUGAAUCCCCAACAACUAGGUGCAGACUGGCCAUUGUUGCUUGAGAGAAUAUGUACAGAGUCAUUUGAUGAAUAAAUGAAUAAUAUGUGAUUUCCUUUGGUACACGGUCAAGUAGCUCUUGGUGUGGUCCCUACUCCCCCCGGAUGCAUGAAAGUCAUCUGAAAAGAUGGUCCUCUUCUCUGUUCUCUCUAAGGCCUUUAUGUAAAACACUAAAACUUGAUGCUGGAAUUUUCUUAGUGGCCUUUAUGAGUAGUCUUGCAGCUGUUGACAUUUAGACAGGCGGUGGGGACAAGAGUGCAAUAGCAGGGGUAUUUUUGUCUUCGACACAACUCAAUUUCACAACCACCGAAGGGUUGGCCCCUCCAACAGAAGUUUGACCAUCUGGUUUUCCUGUUGUAUGAUUAAUGUAAUUCUCACCGCAUAUUUUCUGCAUUGUCUUGUAAUUUAUGGUCAAUGAGGAUUUAUAGAACAGUUUUGCAGGAAUAAUAGAAUAGUUCAUUAGCUGGAAGGAAAGGGUGAACCAUUCUAGAGUUCAUGUGUAUGGCUGUAUGUAUCAUCAAAGUCAAGAUUUGAUUGGAAUCCACCAUUGACAGAAAAAAAAAUCCAUCACUAGCUCG